GGAGUCACGCCCACUCGAACGCCCAAAAAUCGUGAAAGUAUGUAGUGCCACUCUUACACAUGUCAGACCAUAAGUGUUGGACUUUGUGUGCAUGUUUCGGUCAUAUUUUCAAAAUCAAAUAUUUUCAAAAUUGAGCUAAUAUUUAAGAAGUUAUCAGCCCUGUUACAGUUUUCACUUCCAAAAGGCUAACACCGAUUCGAAUUUCCCAGACCUGUUCCAAUUUUCACUUCCGAAAGAUUUACACGGAAUCUAAGUUCCCUCUCUUAAUUCUCUGUUAACUUCCGCAAUAAACUCGGGGAAACUUUUCGGCAAGCAUUUGGCUGACGGAUUCAGAUCCGUAAGAACAGAAAUUAGUUCUUUUAAAAUACUUUGUCAUAACUUAAAGUGCAAAUUCAAUAUUUACCUUACCUGUUUUAAGAACAUAAAAGACUUGGUCAAAAACAGAAUGAAUUUUAUGACAAAUUGGUGCAUUGGCUUUUAUUUUGCAACCUCGUUUUCUUUUAUGACCUGCACUGGUCAUGGGAGACUGAUUGAGCCACCCAGUAGAGCGUCAGCUUGGCGCUUUGGAUUUCAAACACCACCAGACUACAAUGAUCAUGAACUAUAUUGUGGCGGGUUUGCCCGACAGUGGUCAAAAAACAAUGGUAAAUGUGGAGAAUGCGGAGACGCUUGGGAUGUGCCGGAGCCACGCCCCCAUGAAUAUGGUGGGCAAUGGGGACUAGGUGUAAUCGUGCGGAGUUAUGUUCCAGGAUCCAAAAUGACUAUACGUGUAGAACUAACUGCAAGUCAUAUGGGAUAUUUUGAGUUUCGGUUGUGUCCAAAUCAAAUCGCUAAACAGUCUUGCUUUGAUCAAAAUGUAUUGCUAAUACUAGAUGGCUCUCCCUCCCAACCACUUCCAACGGACCUUGAUAUUCGUUUUUAUCCGCGAAACGGAAGUCGCAUAUAUGAAAUACAUGCACGACUACCUGAUUUUACGUGUGAUCAAUGCGUUCUGCAAUGGCGUUAUGUUGCCGGCAAUAAUUGGGGCAUGUGUAGCGAUGGUAAUGGAGCCAUUGGAUGUGGCCCACAAGAAGAGUUUCGUUCAUGCUCGGAUAUUGCGUUAACUACAGAUGCUCUAACUCUUAAUGGCCCUAGUCGUCCUUUGUACCCAACAUCUGCAACACAUAAUAGAACAUCAACCAAAACGGAGCAGAACUCAAAAAAAAAUCACAGAAACAAAUUUAUUUAUCCUUCUUUAUGGGCGCUAGUAGCGAUAUUUUUAUUGUUUAUAUGUUGUGUUGGGGUUUUUUACAUUUUCAAUACUAACAAACCAUUUUGUUCAAAAAAAAGAAUUAGUAAUCUAAAAAAAAAACUUAUGUCUUGGAUUUCAAUUCGAAAAUCCAUGCUUGCAUGUGAUGCAUUUAAAACCGCUCAAACUCUUAGCGAUGUUAAAUUUGAAAGCCCACCAAUACCCCCUCCACGACCUAAAAGAUUAGAUCAGCUAGCUAAAAAGCAGUCAAAUGAAACAAUAAAGGUCUAAUUAUCAUUUAGUUAUGUUUAUGUCGACGUACAGACAAAGCUUCAUUAUGAUAUCACACAUAUUUAACAAUGUAUUUAUGUUCAUUAAUUAAGAUUAACACUAGAAUAUACAAUUUUAAAGCCACCAGAGUAAUUUAGUUUAAGAAUGUAAAGAUCUACUUGUUUAUAAUUUAUUUAUUUUACGAAACAAUACAUCUAAAAGUAUACAAGAA